CUUGGGUGUAUUGCGACGCUCUAUCGGGCACGCGCUUGGCUUGUCCACUAGUCUAGUACUGCGCGAGAUCACCUGAGCGUCAGACAAGACACCGCUCUGCUUAGAAACCGCAGACCAGGGUGGACGUUUUAAGAUGAGACUGUCGGUCGCUUUUCGCUAUGCACAUCGGAGCCACGCGAGCAUACGACGAUCACGAGCGGGUGUCAAAGUUUUAAACUCAGAGAACAGCUUCAUACCUGUUAAUAGCGCGGUUUCUUAUCUACGGGUUCGGGAAGCAAGUUCGACCAGCGGUACAAGUGAAACGGUAGUUUGUUUUAAAAGUCAUCCACGAAAAAACGAUGGACCGCUGUAUGAAAGUGCUGUUGGUGACAUUGUUCAGAGGAGCAGAGAGGAGCUCAAAGCUAUCAGAGAACCCAACCCAGGCCUCAAACCUACACUGGCUAUCAUACAGGCUGGUGAAGAUGACGGUUUGCUGGAGGUGAAUAAGAAGAUGGCUGGAAAGAUCGGCUUGAACGUAAUGCAGAUUUGUCUUCCACACCAGUGCAGAGAGGAAGAGGUGAUCGAGGAGAUCUUGAGAUUAAAUGAGGAUUCUCGUGUUCAUGGCAUUUUUUUGCACCUUCCUCAGUCCUUUCUCUCCAAAAGUGUCCGUAAUGCCAUCAAGCCACAGAAAGAUGUGGAUGGGGUCUCUGAUCUUAAUGUUGGCCGUGUGGUGUUGGGGGAUCAGAGAGAUGGCUUUGCCUCACCUGUAGCUGGAGCUGUGCUGGAAAUGCUUGCCAGGCAUGAUGCCCCAUUGGUUGGCAAGAUGGCAGUGCUGCUGGGUCUUGAGGGACCCCUGAAGGCAACUCUUCAGUUUUUGCUGCAAAACAAUGGCAUGAUGGUGCAGACCCACCAGUGGAGCUCAAAGCCCGUGCAGAAACAGAUCAUGGAUUCGGAUGUGGUGGUGUUCUUAGAAACUGGCCACAAGGGCCUCCCUCCCACUUGGUUAAGACCGGGGGUGGCAGUCAUUAACCUCAGCUCAGCCCUAAUGGAAGGUAAAUUUUCUUCAAAAAGUCAUUUUGAAGUGUUUGUGGCUGCUGUUGUGAUCUGCCAGCAUGUAGUGAGGAGCAGCAGGAGGUGGAUACAAGAACAGCAGUACCAGCCAUGGAGGCUCCGCCCACUAAAACUUCAAUCACUGUCACCUGUGCCUAGUGAUAUAGAGAUCUCCAGGGCACAGACUCCCAAACCUAUAUCCCAGCUGGCUCAGGAGAUUGGUCUGCUUCCAGAAGAGCUGGAGGCCUACGGAAACACCAAAGCCAAAGUCCAUUUGUCCCUUCUCAACCGCCUCCAACAUCAGCCUAAUGGCAAAUAUGUCCUAGUGGCAGGUAUAACUCCUACUCCUCUGGGUGAAGGGAAGAGUACAGUGACCAUAGGUCUUGUCCAGGCCCUCUCCGCUCAUCUUAAGCUCAACUCUUUCGCUUGCCUGCGACAGCCUUCCCAGGGCCCAACGUUUGGUGUCAAAGGAGGAGCGGCGGGUGGGGGAUAUGCACAGGUCAUUCCUAUGGAGGAGUUUAAUCUCCACCUCACAGGUGAUAUCCACGCUAUAACCGCAGCCAAUAAUCUAGUGGCGGCAGCUAUCGAUGCCCGCAUUCUCCAUGAAGCUACUCAAUCAGACAAGGCCCUGUACAGCAGACUAGUGCCGUCUGUUAAUGGCGUGAGAUGUUUCUCUCCUAUACAGAUGGCUCGCCUACAACGUCUUGGAAUAAACAAAUCUGACCCCAGUGACCUCACACCAGAAGAGGUCAGGGCAUUUGUCCGUCUUGACCUUGACCCUGAGAAGGUCACAUGGCAGAGAGUUGUUGAUACCAAUGACCGAUUUCUGCGUAAGAUCACUGUUGGUCAGGCCAACACAGAAAAAGGCCAUGCUCGCCAGACCCAGUUUGAUAUUGCGGUGGCCAGUGAGAUCAUGGCUAUCCUUGCUCUGACAGAUGGACUGGCUGAUAUGCGGGCCAGGCUGGGACGUAUGGUUGUGGGCAGCAGCAGAAACGGCCAGUCGAUCACUGCAGAUGACUUGGGUGUAACCGGGGCUUUGGCAGUCCUCAUGAAAGAUGCUAUCAAACCCACACUGAUGCAGACACUGGAGGGCACUCCAGUGUUUGUGCAUGCUGGACCUUUCGCUAACAUCGCCCAUGGAAACUCCUCUGUCUUGGCAGACAAGUUGGCUCUUAAACUAGUUGGAGAAGAGGGCUAUGUUGUGACGGAGGCUGGCUUUGGUGCUGACAUUGGCAUGGAGAAGUUCUUCAACAUUAAGUGUCGGACGUCUGGGCUCAGACCUGAUGUUGUGGUGCUGGUAGCCACUGUUCGGGCUCUGAAGAUGCAUGGAGGUGGACCAAAUGUUACAGCUGGUGUACCACUGCCUAAAGAAUAUAUCAAUGAGAAUUUGCAGCUGGUUGCAGACGGCUGCAGUAACCUAAAGAAGCAGAUUCAGAUCGCUCAUCUCUUUGGAGUUCCUGUGGUUGUUGCUCUGAAUGUCUUCAAGACUGACACUCAAGCAGAGAUCGACAUGGUGUGUUGCAUCGCAGAGGCUUCUGGGGCUUCAGCUGCUGUGCAGUGUCAUCAUUGGUCCAGAGGUGGGCGGGGCUCUGUGGAGCUUGCACAUGCUGUGAAGAAAGUUGCAUCUCAGAAGAACCAUUUCCAGUUCCUGUACAAUCUGCAGGAUUCUAUUGUAGAGAAAAUUCGGACUAUUGCACAGAAGGUUUAUGGUGCUGAUGAUAUUGAGCUUUCACCUGAGGCUCAAGCUAAGAUAGACCACUACAAUCAACAGGGUUUUGGUGCUCUUCCCAUCUGCAUGGCCAAGACCCACCUGUCUCUCUCUCAUAUGCCUGAGAAAAAAGGUGUUCCCACCGGUUUUAUCCUGCCAAUCAGAGACAUCCGUGCCAGCAUCGGGGCAGGGUUUAUCUACCCUUUAGUUGGAACUAUGAGCACCAUGCCAGGCUUGCCUACUCGACCCUGCUUCUACGACAUUGACCUUGAUCCUGUGACGGAGGAGAUAAAAGGACUCUUCUGAGGACAUUUCUGCAGUCCCAUACAUGCUUUUGACCAGUGUUCCUCAGUGUCUGUGUAGGCCUCCAUUCAUAUGCCACUGGUUACAGCUCAUCCACUGCCUUCUAGCAAUGAAACUACUGAGUGUUAGAUCAACAAACAUUCCUCCUCCUUUGGUUCGUCUUUCUGUAAACACUUCUGUUUACAUAGUGUUUUAGUGUUUACAACUUAACGAUGCACAAAAGCUUUUAAACGCAUUCUGUAUAGCUAAAAAUUCCAUUUAAUGCUUUAAUAUUUCCGUCUUAAAUGUUUCAGAUUACCUAUGGAAUAUGAUAACAGUAUUCAGGCAAACUCCAUUUCAUUUCUUUUUAUUUGAAUACUGCUACCAUUCUCCUUUAGUAACAUUAAAUCUUGUUUAACGGUUUAAGUGUUACAGCCAAAUAUGCCAUAAAUCUUAGGGCUGAGGUGCUUUUAUUUAGACACUACACAAAACAAAAUUACAAGUGGUGCUAGUGGUUUGACACCUGUUCUCUUUCUCUCUCUCUCUCUCUCUCUCUCUCUCUCUGAUACAAAUGUACAAGUGUUGCAUGGAUCUCACUACCUGUGUAUGCACCUUUUCAUCGUGCAUGUGGGUACAUGCCAGAAAAUCUUGUUUUAGACAUUCCACAGUUAUCUGUUAUUCUGAGUCUUAAACUACUGUGUGGGACGUGAGUAAAGAAGAAUUCCAUUGACUGUUGCAACAGUUAUGUAUGCUUGAAAACCUGUAUUUUUCCAGUGAUGAUAGAUUCUACAGUUAAAAAGGCAGUCAGAGAACAAGAUGACUGGCCAGACAAAAAUAAAUCAAAAAUAAAAUUGUAUUUCAGUACAAAUACUGAACAUUGAAC